AUGGCGUCUCAGAAUACCUCAGCCGGGGAUGCACACUUCUCCUUUGCCAAGAUUGCCGCCAUGCCUGCACCCCCCACUCCCCACUCGCCUGUGGCAUCCAACCAGGAUGAUACGGCCCAGCCCGCCAAUGUCACCGUUUAUGCCGAAACAUUGGAUCCCAGUGCUUUGGGGCCUGGUCCACACAACCUGAACACCAUCAACGAGCGACUCCCUCUCACUGGCCCCAGUGGCAACGAUCUGGCGAGAGCUGUGCAAGGUCUCGAUCUCAGCCCACAGAAGGAUCGUCAGGGAUCUGGAUCUUCAAUCGAUGGUCAGGAAAAUGGCCUUUUGAAGCGUGAAAACUCUUUCGAUGAUGACCGCACUCAUCUCUCUACUUCCUCUACGAAAAUGACCAACUUCGACUCUAAGAGCUUGGCCUCAGUGACAACCUUCGCUAUGGAUGAGAAAGAUUCAGUUCGGCCUGACGACAGUGCCAGUGUACAAGCUAUUGACGAGGAAGAGUCUUUGUCCGGGGCUGCUUCUGGCGCUCCAAACUCCGUGACAGGUUCGGAGGCCGGUGGUCGUGCAUUCCGUGACCAAUUCCGUGAUAACAUUGCUCUACGCCCACGUGGAAUUCUUCCUACGCCUGUCCCUGGAUUCAACGACAGCAAUCUGCAAGGUCCUGUCAUCAUUUCUCCAGACUCAGUAGCGAACAACUUUGUGGUUCCGGUCAACCCUGAUGACCCGCAAAGCGCACAGAGUCUCCAUUCAUUCCCUCUCCAUCCAGAUGAGAAACUCAUAACGGCCAUGGAAAAUCCUAAAGAUCGAUUGAUGGUCCUCACGAUAGAGGACAAGGUCCGCGCAUUCAUUCAAUAUUCUAGUGAACAAUCCUUGGAACUUCCCCCCAACAAUUCAUAUGGCCGACUUCUCGCACAUAGACUGGGAGAUUACUACCACUUGACUCAUUUUGUGGACAACAAUGUGACUUCAGUGCGCCUCCACCGAACGCCUUUCUCCAGACUUCCCACACCAUUGUCCGAACUUUUUCCAGCUUCAAGCGAAAAACCAUCUCAUCCUAUGCCCACAAAAAUCAUGCGUCGGGCAGAUGGACGGCCCUCCGCCGAGGGUAGUGUGGCGGCAAGUUCAUCUGUCCCAUCCAAGGCGGCAUCGGAGACCGAUGAAGGUCAAGACGGAGACCGCACAGGCUCGGCAGGCUCAAUGUCAGCUAAGGAUCGUAUGGCUAUGACACGGGAAGAACGAGAAGCCAAAUACGCAGAAGUGCGUGAGCGCAUUUUCCGUGACUUCCCUGAAAGUGCCAAAUCAGAGGCUAGCGGUGACUCUACCACCAACAUGUCUCGUUCAAGCUCGACCACUGGACGCAAGAAACCACAGAAACAGCGCACUCCUAAUGAUGACGGCUUUGAAGCUCGCUCCCAGUUCAAUCCCUACUACCCCGGGAUGCAGUACAGCAACAACGUUUCCCCGGCGUAUAAUCCAUCUGCGAAUGAUGGCACAUAUACCCAGCAAGUUCCGUACAUGGUUGGACCAGGUGUCGCUCCUCCUAGCGGUGGUUACAUGUCUCCUCCUGGUCAGAACAACGCAAUGUACUCCGGGCAGGUAGGAAUGAACAUGAACAACAUGAACAACGUGCCGCAGUUUCCAGCGGCAAUGUCGCCCCAGAUGGGCUCUGCUGCCCCAUGGCAGGGCGCAAAUGGACAGCAGCAAUCGCCAUUCCCUGGUUACUCUUCCAUGAACCAGCCUGGUAUGAUAGGCCAGCAGCCAUCCACCAAAUCCUCGCCGGCGAUGAACAACUUCCCCCCCCUCAUUCGCCGCAAUUCCAACAGGCUGGUUGGAACUCGGGCCCUUUCCCCGGCAAUUUUCAGCAACCUCCGCAUCAGCGUACCCAAGCCCAGGCACCAUGGCCCAACUACCAACCCCAGGCCAUGA